UAUGCCAGGGGCGAAGGGGACUACAACACCUACACGCAUGAGCGGAUCGGGAGGUUCAAUGUGGUUAUCGUCCUUCUUGAGAUCAUGGGCAAAGCCCCGGCUGCCGGUGCAGCUACCGCCGUCCGAAUCGGUUACCCCAAUAUUUCCCUAGCCCUGAUCGUCGGCAUUUGCGCCGGGGUGCCGUUCCCCAAGAAGAGUCAGGAAGUCAUCCUCGGCGACAUCGUUAUCAGCAACAUCCUGAUUCACCACGACUUUGGAAGACAAUACUCCGAUCGCUUUAAAGCCAAGGAUGAAGCCGAGGAUGUGUACGGCCGACCGAACAAGAAUAUUCGGAGCUUGCUUAGGUUUCAGCCCUACGAUAAAUCUCGCAAGUCUGAUAUCAAUUUCGAGAUCUUUUCCGCAAAUACGAACGAGUCUAUCCUUUGUUGA